AUGGCAGCCGCACAACCCCCUCCGGAUCCGUUUAAUAACGCAAUUCCUGUGAUCAGAGGCUUUGAAACUAAUGAUAAAGUGAUCAAAGCUUUAACAAACUUAGGACUUCUCCCCACUAAAGAAGAGUGUGUUCGAUUGGCGACAUGUCCUGAUUGUGGUUCACCAAUCAGGUGUUAUAGUAGGGCGACAUGUGGCCACUCGUUUAAUCCGAUUGAGGGCUCAUUCUUUGAGAAGUCAAAUUUGAGUUUUGUUAAGAUAUUUAGUCUUCUUUAUCACUUUGUGUCCAAAACACCGGCGACUAUGGCUUCUCAAUUUGCGGAGGUUAGACCCAACACUGCUUGUGAUUGGUAUUACUUUAUGCGCGAAGUCUGCACUGAUUGGGUCAAUCGUCAACGCCAAACACCUGGUAAUACAGUUGGCGGACCAUCGUUGACAGUGGAGAUCGACGAGACACAUUUGUAUAAAACCAAAUACAAUGUCGGUAGUCCUCUGGCAAAUGCAGGCAUUUGGGUUGUCGGAGGCGUCUGUCGUGAAAAUAAUUCACUUCUGUUCAUUGAAAGUUGGGUGAAACCGGGAUCCACUAUAAACACUGAUAGUGCCCGCGUUUAUACCAAUCUCACCAGUAAUGACCGGUUUGGACAAUAUGAUGGACAACGUGGUUUAGGGCAACAUUUCACAGUCAACCAUCGAAAUCAACAAUUCUCUCAUCAUUUCACUCUUCCCGACGAGACUGGAGCUGACCGUCAUUACGUCACAACCACUAAUCACAUUGAAGUGACGUGGAAACAUUUGAAGAAAAACAUCCCUUCUUUAAAUGAGUUCAUUGAUAAUGACGGAAACCUUAUUAGAUCUGUUGACGGAUACAUCGAUCGUUACAUCUUUUUCCGAUCAGUACUCAAUCCCAUUCCAAACAUCGGCGCUAGAGUUAAGCGCUUUAUUCAAGAAGUCGGGGUACUGUACCCGAAAUUUAAUUCAACACCAUUUCAACAGCAACCAAUUCCUGUGCUGGUUCCGGACAUAGUUCAACCGAUUCCAGCUGUUGAUAACUCCGACACAGACAUAGAAAUGUCAGAGAAUGAGGACAAUGAAGACAAUGAAGACAAUGAAGACAAUGAAGACAAUGAUUUUGACAUUUCUUGGGAUCAAUUGAACGCCAAUUUCAUCCGACAGACAAUGAGUUCGGCCGAAGACAGAGACUCUAUGGAGAGGUUUGGCGACGAUUUGGCGCAAGUGUUGCUCUCAUGGCUUCCUCUGGAGCUGAAGAUAUCACUGGAAUGUGUGUCCAAACAGUGGCGUCGAGUGGUGUUCGCCGGCGACCAUCGGUUUGAGCUCUUGAGACACCGGCUUCGGUGCGAGCGGUGGUCACCACUCUUUGUCCGCUCUUACGUCCAUCAGAUCCAGACGUUUGAACUGAACGCCCGGCUCUUGCGUUCGCUGCUCCAGAAGUUUGAUCACUUGUCGGAACUGCUAAUCGACCCGAACUGCAAAUGCGAUGAACACGUGUUGGACGUGAUGUCAGAGCUGUACGACAAUCAGACACUGUCUUCGCUCAAGUGGUUAGACAUAAGGAUCCGUUCGGAUGUGAGUUACGAAGUGUUGCACCGAUUUUGUCGACUCUUCGGUCAGACGUUGCGAUACGUGUCGAUCGCCGGCCUGUCGUCCGACCGAUUGGCCACUGUUUUGCCCUUUUUUGGACCCAAUCUGCGGGCCAUUGAUCUGAAGCAUAAUCUGCGGUCACUUGUGAUGUGUUGCGCCGACACGACCGCCACAGUCGACGAUAUGACACCGUUUUUGCCCAAAUUGGACAACAUUUCUGCGGCCAAUCCCUCGCCCGACGACUUGGAAGUGUUGACCCGACUCUACGGCAAACAACUCAAACAAUUGAGUCUUAGUUUUGAUCAACACUUUAAGUAUAGCAUCAAAAAUGCGCUCAAAUUAGUGGCAAAUGUGCCAAACCUUCAACUCUUAAGACUCGAUUCGGAGCUGUUUUUCAUCAAACAAAACGACUGCCAAUUGAUUGACACGAGUCUCGCACUCAUUGGCCAAAAGUGUCCGCACUUGCGAUCACUCGAGAUCUGUAUCUUCGGUGACCUAAUCAGCGACGACUUCCUCAAGAUCUUUGGCCGCCAUUUUGAGCGCUUAGAGCGCUUGGAUUUGUCUCUUUGGGAUAUCGGAGACAAACACUUCCAGACCGUCAACUCUUUGGGCUUCAAUGCACACAAUGGCCAACACUUACGCCAAUUGAACCUAAUGUUUGAGGUGUUGUCUGACGACCACUUGCGACACAUCCACCAAUUGAUGCCUAAUCUGACGGCCGUGUUGUCUGACGACCACUUGCGACACAUCCACCAAUUGAUGCCUAAUCUGACGGCCGUUAAACUCAAUUCGGAUCAACUGCUGACCGACGAGUGCUUAAGACAUUUGUGCCGAUUGUCUCGAUUGCGGACAAUCGUAUUGGAGGGCAAUAUAGACCUGAAUGUGUUGACAGUGGAGGGUAUCGUAGAGUUGAUGGCCAGGUGUCCGACCGUUCGGCUCAUUGACAUCGAGUUCGCCAACGACUUGAAUGAAGUCAGUUAUGAGGCGUUCAAAGUGUUGGCCCAAAUGCGGCCGCAAAUCAGUUUUCACAUCUCUUUCCACGACUCGGACGACAGGUAUAGAGAUGUCUGCGUUUACGUCAACACCAAAAACAAUCUUCACGUCUACAAGAUUUGAAGCCAUCAAACAUUUCUGUCACAAACUAACCCCU